CCACCGUCCCGGUUUUCGACAGCUGGAAGCGUCGAGAAUCAGUGCUGCCACAUUAUCAAAAUUGGUUGCAGUAACUGGUCGGGGGAAGGCUCAAGGUCAAGAUAUCAGCGCCAUAAGAUUGGUGAUGCGUCCGUGUAAUGCCCCUGAAUGUGCUCGCGCCGUGCGUCGCGCUGCGGGUCACGGUCAAGGGGUAGAUGUAUAUGCAUGGCCCGGCCGGCCCGCGGCCCAUCGCCUGCAAUUGCCAGUCCGAUCAACGCCUUGUCGGGGGACGUGUCCACGACGACCGACCAAACUUCCAUCACCUCCGGCCGUCUCACACCGCCGCGAGCAGCACCGCGACAUGGAGGACGCCGUCAACCGGGUCGUGGAGUACUACCACGAGUCCGUCACCAACUACCUCGACCCGCGGUCCGAAGACUGGCUGCUGAGCAGAUCGAUCCUCGUGCCUUUGACCCUCAUCGGAAGUUACCUGUACUUCGUGAAGAAAUGUGGUCCCGCAUUCAUGGCCAACAGGCAGCCCUACAACGUCAAGAGCAUCAUGAUCGUGUACAACAUCAUCCAGAUCAUCGCCAACGCCUACGUUUUCAUCUCGGCUGCUCAACUCUGGGUCUCGGAGCUAAAAAGCAUUACGUGCCAGCCCAUUGAUUACAGUGUAACCGAAACGACCCGACAGAUGGCAAACCUCGUCUGGAUGUACUACGUCUUAAAAAUAGCUGACUUGAUCGAUACAGUAUUGUUCGUGCUCCGCAAAAAGGGCAGCCAAGCUACCUUCCUGCACGUCUACCACCACUGCGCCAUGGUCAUGGGUGGAUACCUCGGCUGCAGAUUCAUGCUCAACGGCCACGUGUUCCUCCUGGGCGUCAUCAACGCGUUCGUGCACACCGUGUUGUAUUCCUACUACCUCCUGGCCGCGCUCAGGCCCGAGACCAGGGAAGCGUCCUGGAAGAAGUACAUCACCGUGCUGCAGCUGGUCCAGUUCGUCAUCCUGUUCGUCCACAACAUAUUCCCGCUGGUGACGCCGGACUGCCACAUCCAGAAGAUCUGGUCCGUCAUCCUGGUGGUGCAGAACGUCUUCAUGUUCGCCAUGUUCUCCGACUUCUACGCCAAGGCGUACUGUUCUAAGAAGAAGAAGCAGGCCUAGUCUUAUCGGGCAAGCGGGUUCCGCGGAGGCCAGGGCCAGGACGCCUCGUUUAUCGCGAAUGGGCUUCUCGGCUUCGCAUUUCGCGGCAAGUUGGGCCCAGUGUAGUGCCAACAAUGUCUGAAUGACUUGCACCGCCCCGUGCGGACAACACGAUGACGCGGCCCGAGUCGUGAAACAGGGUAUUCUUUUUGAACGGCCGGGUGAGUGAGAACGCACCGGACGGCUCAUUAAGGCGGGCCAGUGUUGCGGGGCUGCUUCACUGGCUAAAGUAGCAGGAACGCUCAGUAGGCCAGAAGACCGAUGGAGGCGGUCAAAAUCUCGGACGCGUUUUGAGCUCCAGACUCGCUAAAUAGGACUCGAACCGAACGUUUGACCGCUCCAAUGGAUUGCUCUCCGAACGAGGAAUUGUUGGGGUCACACGUUCGGUCCGAGUCCUGUUUGGCGACUCUGGAGCCCAAAACGCGGCUAGAGUUUUGGGCCCCUGCACCGGUCUUCUGGCCCACUGUGUGACGCCUGGUCGGAACUGGUUGGUCAAUGGACAUUGGUCGGCUUUGAAAGGCAGUGGCGCGACCAACCACUUCCGGCUGGGAUGUCUCCGGGGCGCUCGCAGGCACGUCCGCAACACUGGCGCCUGUUGGCUGGGAGUGCGUACUGGGUGUGUGACACACUGUGUGUAGGGCUGCGUCCGGCAACCAGCAAGCAACCGGAGGGACUGCCUCGCAAUCUCUCCUCCACAAUCAUACAUCGUCGCAGCUUGUGCGAUCUCGCGUAAUAUCGAUUCAAUAAAUUUACUACCAUCGACUACGAGA